AUGGAGGAGGCUUCAUCUUCUCGGUCAUCUGAUUCUUCUGAUCAAUCUGCUUCCAAGUUCCUUUCUAACCUUCCUUCUCGCGGUUUCUUGUCUUCUACCGUCGUCUCUUCCAAUCCGGGAAGCUUGCGGGUCUACAUUUGUGAACAUGACACAUCUCCCCCUGAAGGACAACAUAUCAAAACAAACCAGCAGAAUAUACUAAUCCGAUCGCUCUUGUUAAAGAAGCAAAAAGGUGAAUCUAGUUCAAAGGACGCUAAAGGGACUGCUGACGAUGGUCCUAAAAAGAGGCCUGCAAAUAGGGCUCUGGAUGACCGGAGCUCCGCUAAAAGAGCUGCUAAUGUAUCUAGACAAGAAGGAUCAAGCAGUCGCACAGGCGAAAAAGAGUUUCAGUCUUUGACUGUUGAGAAGCUCCGCGCUCUUCUCAAGGAGAAAGGUCUUCCAACGAAAGGAAGAAAGGAUGAACUUAUCGCCCGCCUGAAGAAUGCCAACUGA